CACCGCUUGUCAGUUGAGGAAAAAAUCCCGCUACGAAAUGCAGGUCCAUCUUCACGCUGCGGACCAAAAGCGAUUGAUCAAAUCGUAAUUUACAUCUUUAUGCUCUAUCAAGGAUUAUCUGUCAGCUCUCUUAAGAAUAUUUCUGCGUAUCCUCCUUGUUGUUUUGCAUCUUAUUUUGAGGAUGUCGGUCGCGGGGUUUAAGAAACAGCUGCACAAAGCCAGUCAGUUACUGAGCGAGAAGAUAAGCGGCGCUGAGGGGACCAAACUCGAUGAAGACUUUAUGGAAAUGGAGCGGAAAAUAGAUGUCACAAACAAGUCUGUCUUUGACCUUAUAACUAAAACCACUGAAUACCUCCAACCAAACCCAGCGUCGAGAGCGAAGCUGGGAAUGCUCAACACCGUGUCUAAAAUGAGAGGGCAGGUGAAAACGACAGGUUAUCCUCAAACCGAAGGCCUGUUAGGAGACUGCAUGCUGCGAUACGGACGAGAGCUCGGAGAGGAGUCGUCUUUCGGAUGUGCGCUGGUGGACAUCGGCGAAGCCAUGAAGCAGAUGGCCGAUAUUAAAGACGCCCUCGAUAUCAAUGUGAAACAGAACUUUAUUGACCCACUGCAGACUCUUCAAGACAAAGAUCUCAGAGAGAUUGUGCAUCAUCUGAAGAAACUGGAGGGUCGACGGUUAGAUUUCGACUAUAAGAAGAAGCGUCAGGGCAAGAUUCCCGAUGAGGACAUCAGACAGGCUGUGGAGAAAUUUGAAGAGUCCAAAGAUCUUGCGGAGAGGAGCAUGUUUAACUUUUUGGAGAAUGACGUGGAGCAAGUGAGUCAGUUAUCAGCUCUGAUUGAGGCUGCACUGGAUUACCAUCAACAGUCCUUGGAGAUCCUGGUGGACCUAAACAGUAAACUACAGAGCAGGAUAGUUACAGCAAGCAGUCGGCCCAAAAAAGAGUUCAAGCCAAAGUCGAUUGUGUCCAGUCUGGAGAUGGCCGAGAUCAAUCAGCACAAUGAACUUUCUUACACCUCAUCAGUCAAGACCACAGAUAUUCAAGUCAACCACACUGUAAAUGGAAAAACUGAUUAUUUCACCAACAAAUCACCAUUGAGUCAAACAUGGCCUGAAAGCCCCAAUGGUAAUACCUGUAGCACAGAAAUAGAGACACAUUUGGAUCAGCCCUGUUGUCGGUCUCUUUACGACUUUGAGCCAGAGAACGAAGGGGAGCUGGGCUUUAAAGAAGGUGACAUCAUCAUCCUCACCAAUCAGAUCGAUGAGAAUUGGUAUGAAGGCAUGAUUAACGGCGAAUCGGGCUUUUUUCCCAUAAACUACGUAGAGGUUUUAGUGCCUCUCCCUCAAUGAGCCGAGAAGAACCGACCACCACACGCCAAACCAGACUGUAUCGAGUAUCCUCUGUAUCACCCAACAUCCCCUGCUGCAUUCUCACCGAUGAAAGCCUUGCGUGUCACCACAGACAAUUUUAAAACCAUUUACUUUCAGUAUUUAUUUUUUACAUUUUGUUCUACAAGCCUCAUGGUGCAAAAUCUUGAUGUUUACACUGCAAAAAUUUCUAUGUUAGUUUGUAUUUUGCCUCAUUUUCCAGUUAAAAAAUGUCUAAGGUUAAAGUUAGAUAUGUUCACUGAAUAUAUCUUGAGCUAAAGUUUUUUACAUUUAUAUUUUUUAUAUUUCAAACAAAAAUACCAAAUGGGAAAAUUCUUGAAAACCAAAACCGAAUUAUUUAAAUAUAACUAAAUAAUAUAUAACGAUAAAUAAUAAGUAAAAUAUCACAUAGUACAUCUUGUGAUCGGACCACAAAACCAGUCAUGAGCAGCACGGGUAUAUUUGUAGCAAUGGUAAAAAAAAAGAUUUUUAUGCCAAAAAUCAUUAGGAUAUUAAAGGGGUAGUUCAUUGAAAAAUGAAAAUUACCCCAUGAUUUACUCACCCUCAUCUUUUAGACAGACAAAAUCAAAGUUAUAUUAAAAAAUGUCCUGGCUGUUAUUAGCUUUAUAAUGAUAGUAAAUGGUGCCACUGAUUUUUAAACACAAAAAAGUGAAUUUCUUAUUCACAGAAGUAAUCCACACGUUAAUAAAGGUCAAUGCAAUUUUGUAAUAAAAAUGUCCAUAUUCAAAACUUUAUAAUGAAGAUAUUUCCUAAAAUUCAUUUCUUAAUAUUUCAAUUUUUUGCAACCUCAGAUUCCAGAUUUUCAAAAAGAUGUAUCUAUAAAUGAAGAGUUUUUUAUUUUAUUUUUCAGAAAUCUAAUUUUUUGGGCGUGCAUUCCAAUUAAUAUCAAUUCAACUGCAGUUGGUUUGUUUUGAUUUAAACCUUCAAAAGUUAAAAAAUACAGCUAAGUAGGACCAUAAAACAAAAUAAUAACAUGAUAACAUAAUAAUAAACAAGUUUUGACAAAAAUGUUAAAAACUGAGUUAUCUCGUUUUGCAACAAAACUCAAUUACCCUUAUGACUGGUUUUGUGGUCCAGCACUGUAAAAAAAUAUAAAAUCUACAUAUAUUUAACAAAUUAAGUUAAAGCAACACUAUGUAGUUUUUUUUACCUUUAAUUAAUGUCUUCAAAAUUGAUUCAGUGAUAGAACAACUUUUAACUGGACAAAUUUUACUGUUGCUGCAACCCGAGCAGCCUCCUAGCUGCUACAAGCACACUCUGAAAGUGGCGGUGGAGGGUAGGAAACACAGCCCCGCCCCUCCCCCUGCCUGCAAAAGAGUGUCUGAUACCAGGCACUGUUGCGCUUUUCAACCACAUGGGGGAGCUGUAAGUCAUUUUUACAUCGAAACUACAUAGUGUUGCUUUAAAGAAUUUCAACUUGUUUUUAUAAGUUAUGUCAACUUAUCAAAUGUCAAAACUUCAAAUAGUAGGUAGAAUUGACUUGCUAAACCAAUAUUUUUUUACAGUGAGGGUCACCUAUAUAAUUUUUAGGCUGUUAUAAUAUUAUAACUGGAAAAUGAUGAAGCAGAUUUUUUGCAGUGUAAUGUCAAUGUACAUUUUCAAUGUUUUAGCUUCAACACAACAUUCACUUUGUUCUUUUCAAAAUGUGAUGCAUCCAAUGGGGUGUAUAAUGUACGUCCCUCCGUACUUCAUUUCGGUGUAAUAUGGGGUUUACAUGCCUGCUGUGGUCUUACGUGUUUUUUGAAACACACUUUUUCUAUAAACUGUGACUAUCUUGACUGCUAGUCGUAUGAAUGUCCUCCCUCUCUCUGUCUUUGUUUACAUAUGACUUAUUGUGAUCUUGGGUAUCAUAGUAAGUAUCGCAAGUGUUCGCCCUCUCACGCCUUCAAGUGCUUUUUUUAUUGGUGGCUGUAUUGCACUAACGCUUUCGAAUACACACCCAUGGAUGUGCACAUUUUAUUUUUGCUUCAUGUUUUCGUUUUCGAACAUUGCACUUUCUACUGUAUCUUUUUCUGUCGUGUUGAGAAAUACGAAUACAAAAAUCUGUCUGAUUUUAUGGAAUGGACUUUAUGCUAAGUAUAUAUAUAUAUAGAGAGAGAGAGAUGAUUCAUAACUUCGUACUGUAUGUAAGGAAACCUUUGUGCUUGCCUUGUCGUACAAAGAAUGAUAUUUAAAAUUUUGCAGAUGUUAAGUCUGUCCUCGGUCGAACCAUUGUGCUUAUCGAUGGCAUAAGACAGCUUUCGAAGCUUUAUAUCUGGACCAAUUAUGUUUAAACUGACAAAUCGUUUUCGUCUGCCAGAACAUUUUUCGACAAUAUCAAACAUUAUUUUUGUUACUAUGAGCAGUAUGUUUCUCAUGCAUGAGAGGGAACUUUUGUGUUUGUAUUGGCCGGAUAACUGCGUUGGCCAUUAAAAAUCUUAAAAAAUGUUAUAUCAUUCCCUUUUUGCCUUCUCUCUGUUUUAUUUUUCUGGUAUUAUUCUGGCCAAACGAAGCGGUCAGAGAGCAAAAAGGGAAGAAGAGCCAUUUUGACACCAAUUGUAUGUAAAGCCACAGUGCGCGUUUUCUGUAGCACUGAAAUUCAAAAAAGCCUACUUUUCUAAUGUAGUCACGUAAUAAUGCCGUAUAGUAAGUAUUGCAAACGUUAGUACACUGUAAAAAGUUGAAUAAACUUCAAUUGGUCAAAAUUCACUUUAGGUGAAAAUUUUAAGUUGGAAAAAAUGACCAAACUGUUACCAAUUAAAGAUUUUUUGAAGUUGAUCCAACUUCUCACUUUUUAGUCACAUGACUUUCUCACAAUGCACAAGAAAAUUGUGUGUUUGACUUCAUACGAUGCUGCGCAGACCGAUCACACGCUGACUUGAAGCAGUGCAUGCCGGUUAGAAAUUUUGUCCGACUUGAGCUGGUGCCGACGUCAUGCAUUAAAAAAUUAUUAAUUCAAUUUACAAAAUUGUUUUACGGUAAGUAGUUGCAAUAAAUUUAUUUAAGCUACAUUUAAACAAAUUUUUUUUUUGAUUUUUGCCAAUUGUUUAAAUGUAGCUUAGAUAAAUUGUUUGCCAGCACUUACCUUAAAAAAUUGAAUUUUCAGUGUGUGACUGUGACAACUCAUCCCUCGACUGCAAGCGGCAAACUUCGCCGAUCGGUCUGCAAAGCGGCGCAUGAACUCGAACACACUUAAUAUCAGGUGUGUUGCAUUAAGGUAUACAGCUUUCAGCUAACAUGUGUCAUUCUAUGCAUACAGGAAAAUUUGCAUACUGUGUACAGUAUACAUACACUCUAGAAAUGAUUAGUUGACUUUACUUAAAAAAUUGAGGAAAUCGUUUGUGUUAAAAUACGUUUUUGUUAUGUAUCCUCAAGUACGUAAGGAUGUUUUAAUGUAUGUUGUUGCAUAUGUGUACAAGAGGAUACGUAACAGUAUGGAAAAUACUUAGCUAAUUUUUCUAACGCAACAACAUUUUUUAAGUAAAGUCAACAAAUCAUUUUUAGAGUGUAGUAUAUAUUGCAAAAAGUAGUGUGAUAGGGACAUUUUCUAACAAUUAUUGUUUUCGAAUAGUUUUCCUAAAUGCUCCUUCUACCUGCCAUUAUAGUCCUACCUCAAACUCACUUUAUUUAUUUUUUUGAGCAGAAUUUGAGAUGUCCGGUCUCUCAAACUUACAGUAAUGUGUUGAAAGUAUCUACACUGUUCAAAACAUCCUUAGGUUUAAUUAACUUGAAUUUGCAAUUAAUUUUCUAGUAAAUAGUUGCUAUAAAUUUAAAAAUUAAGUUGAAAUAACACAAGCUAAUUCAACUUUAUAUUUAUAAUUUAAAGCAACUCCUCACUUAUUUUAUAAGUUUUUGCACUAAUUUUUU